AUAUCUCCCAACUUCAACGUACGACUCCUUCAGCAGCUGUGACCUCAGCAAAACAUCGCCAUAAUGUCGGACGCGAAUGCCAGCACGCCCCGUGUCUUCAUCGCUCGCCAUGGAGAAACGGAAUGGGCCAAGAACGGUCGCUACACGGGAAGGACCGACAUUGAACUGACUCCCAAUGGAGUGAAUCAAGUCUCAAGCACUGCAAAACAGCUGGUCGGUCACCGUAGGCUGCUUGAUCCAGCCACAGUAGCUCGCGUCUGGGUCAGUCCACGAAAGCGAGCACAGCAAACCUUUCAGAUUCUGUUCGGUGCAGACAGCACUGGGCCCGAUGCGAUCGAUUCCGAUAAGGUUACUCUCACGGAAGACAUUGCAGAGUGGCAUUACGGUGACUACGAGGGACUGAUGACACAUGAGAUUAAGGAGCUGAGAAAGGAGAGAGGGUUGGACAAGGACACACCAUGGAACAUCUGGAGAGAUGGGUGUGAGGGUGGCGAGUCGGCGCAGGAGGUUUCCGACAGAUUGGACAACUUGAUCUCACAGAUCCGCGAUGUUCAGAGACCUUGCAUGAAUGGCGAGGCAAAUGCUGAUGUUGCUCUGGUCGCCCACGGUCAUAUCCUUCGCGCAUUUGUCAAGAGAUGGCUGGGUUAUCCGUUAGACAUGCCGCUCGAGAUGAUGCUUGAGCCUGGAGCUAUUGGAAUCCUGAGUUAUAAGAACAAGAAUAUUAACGAGCCGGCCUUCUCUGUCGGCCUAGCACUACCACCCCAGGAGGAAUAGUGAAAGUCGAGGCAAGGAUGGAUGUCUGAAGAUUCGCAAUGAAUUGACGGGUUCGGGUACCUGCAUAGAAGACUAAUUUGGCCAAAACAUUAGAUCUGAUUGUCCACCAUAGUCAAAUUGUUACCUGAUGUGUGCUGAAGAGUUAAUGGUCUGUGUUGGUACGACAACCUAGCUGGGCGAGGGCAUGUUUGAUCUUGGGACCUUUAUCACCGCAUUAACCCCAGUUUUUGUCAGAGCAUUCUGAACAGGUCCUACGCUGUUGCCUGAACUCUCCUUGGGAACCUUGCUUUGUUGAAAGAACAAAGUAUCCCGGCCUAGUAAUCUCGUUCACAGCGUUUUAUCGCGGGUGUCCUUGCUGUUGGGUACCGAGGGAUAAUCCAAGAUGGAAAUAUCAGGUGUCAAUCGGGACAGGUUAAGCUCAGAUAUGACAUAUAUCAACACUAUCAUAAUAAC